AUGGUCCAGUGUUUGACAUACCAUCGUUGGUUUCCCUACAAUACAGUCUCUAACAAAACUAGGCUGUCUCGAAGCUCUGGCAACAAGAUUGUUUACCUCUAUACCAAGAAGGUUGGAAAAGCACCUAAAUGCAUGCGGAGUGUGCCCAGGAAGGUUCGAGGGGUUCAUGCUGUGAGACCGAAAGUCCUUCUGAGAUUGUCUAGGACAAAGAAGCAUGUCAGCAGGGCCUACGGUGGGUCCCUGUGUGCCAAGUGUGUCCGUGACAGGAUCAAGCGAGCUUUCCUUAUUGAGGAGCAGAAAAUUGUUGUGAAAUUGUUGAAGGCACAAGCAGAGUCAGAAAGCGAAAGAAAUACACAGCUUUUUAAAAUAAUAAAGGUCAAGGAUUGGAAGCAUUUGAAUAUUAAGGGCCAUUUGUCCCGAGGUGCUGUCACAGUAAACAUGCUGACACUCCUGAGGUGCUCUGUCAUUCCUGAGGUGACAGUGUAG